UGAACGAAAUUUAGGCGGUAAGAGAUAAGCUGUGUUUCAUCUGCACCAACCAACCCAUCUUCCCAACAACAAUGGAAGAUAUCCAACUAACUUCUACACAACCACUGGUCUUUGCUGUCAAUGGAGAGCGUGUUGAGCUCACUAGCGUUGACCCUUCAACUACCCUGCUUCAGUUCUUGCGUUCCCAUACUCGUUUUAAGAGCGUUAAGCUCGGUUGCGGUGAAGGUGGUUGUGGUGCUUGUAAUGUUCUACUGUCCAAGUUCGACACCAAGCUUAAAAAAGUUGAAGAUUACACAGUGAGUUCGUGUCUUACGCUUCUUUGCAGUGUAAACGGGUGUUCAAUCACUACGACCGAAGGCCUUGGAAACAUCAAAGAUGGAUUUCAUUCCAUUCACCAACGUUUUGCCGGUUUUCAUGCGUCUCAAUGUGGUUUUUGCACUCCAGGAAUGUGUGUUUCACUCUUUUCAGCACUUGUUAAUUCAGAGAAAACCUGUCGACCCGAACCCGCUUUUGGUUCAUCCAAACUCACUGCCUCAGAAGCAGAAAAGUCCAUUUCUGGUAAUCUAUGUCGAUGCACUGGUUAUCGUCCUAUUGCCGAUGUAUGCAAAAGUUUUGCAGCUGAUGUUGAUAUGGAAGAUUUGGGGCUUAAUUCAUUCUGGAAAAAGGAUGCUAAACUGAAUAAACUACCUUUAUACGAUUCAAAACAAAUAACCACUUAUCCUGAGUUUCUGAAAAACGAUUACAACUCCACAACGGUUUUGAAUUAUCAGAAUAAGUCUUGGUAUAGUCCAGUUUCUGUAGAGGAACUUGGGAGCUUGUUGGAAUCCAUCUCAGCUGAAAAUGGUAUGACGGUAAAGUUGGUUGCUGGGAACACCGGAACCGGUUAUUAUCAGGAAACCGAGUACUAUAACAAGUACAUCGAUCUUAGGUGUAUCCCCGAGCUUUCUGAAAUUAAAAAAGCUGGCCCACAUAUUGAAAUUGGAGCGGCGGUUUCAAUCUCUAAGUUAAUCAUGGCGUUAAAAGACGAAAGAAGCGAUAUUGUGUUCAAAAAAAUUGCUUCCCAUUUAGAGAAAAUUGCUUCUGAAUCCAUCAGAAAUGUAGCAAGUGUAGGUGGCAAUUUGGUAAUGGCACAAAGAAAGAACUUUCCUUCCGAUAUAGCCACUGUACUUCUUGCGGUGAAUUCAAAAGUUACGAUUUUGACAGGGGUAAAAAAGGAAACUCUUACACUGGAGGAGUUUCUUGAAAAACCUGCUUUGGAUUCAAGAAAUGUGCUUUUGAGUGUUUUCAUUCCAUGCUUGAGACCAACCGAAAAUGGCUACUCGAAAAAUACUAAAACUAAGCUUUUAUUUGAAACGUAUCGUGCUUCUCCACGUCCUCUUGGGAAUGCAUUAGCUUAUUUAAACGCUGCUUUUUCGGCUGAAGUUUGUAACGUUAAUGAUGGUGUUGUAAUUAACCGCAUUCAGCUAGCUUUUGGUUCUUUUGGUGUUAAACAUGCAAUAAGGGCAAGCAUGGUUGAAACUUAUCUUGUCGAGAAAAAGUUAAGUGUUGAGUUGAUUUCUGAAGCGGUUAAAUUAAUAAAGGUUGCUAUCUCUCCGGAAAAUGGUACAUCAGAUCCUGCUUACCGGUCAAGCUUGGCUGCUAGUUUUCUGUUUGACUUUCUCAUGCCAAUAGAUGAUCCUGAAAUUAGUUCAAGAUUGACGAUCGAUGAUUGUGAAAGAACAACAUUGUUGUCACCUGCAAAGCAAGUUAUAGAAUCGAGCCAUGAACAUUAUCCUGUUGGUGAACCGGUCAUAAAAUCCGGUGCUGCAAUCCAAGCUUCGGGUGAAGCGGUAUUUUUAGAUGACAUUCCUUCACCGUUGAACUGCCUUCACGGAGCAUUCAUUUACAGCACCAAACCUUUGGCACGGGUUAAAAGCAUUAAACUGAAGUGCGAAAAAGAUGUCAACUCUGUUGUUACAUUUCAAGAUAUUCCAAAGGGUGGUGAUAAUAUAGGGGCUAUAAAUAGUUUCGGUACAGACCCAUUAUUCUCUAAUGAAGUUACUCAGUGUGCUGGCCAGCGUAUAGCAUUUGCGGUUGCGGAGACACAGAAGAAUGCUGACAUGGCAGCGGGUACAGCAACGGUUGAUUAUGAUAUUGAAGACGUAGAACCACCUAUAUUAACCGUUGAACAAGCAGUCGAGAAGUCGAGCUUUUUUGAAGUCCCGCCGUUCUUAACCCCAUCACAAGUUGGUGACUUCUCAAAGGGAAUGGCUGAAUCUGAUCACCAAAUUCACUCUGCUGAGAUCAAACUUCCAUCACAAUACUAUUUCUAUAUGGAAUCACAAACAGCAUUAGCUGUCCCAGAUGAAGACAACUGCAUGGUGGUUUAUAGUUCCAGUCAGGUCCCUGAAUUGGUACAAAGUGUCAUUUCCCGGUGUCUUAAUAUUCCCGAACACAAUGUUCGUGUGAUUACACGAUGGGUUGGUGGCGGUUUUGGUGGAAAGGCUAUUAAAGCUAUGCCCGUUGCGGCAGCAUGCGCACUUGCAGCAUACAAACUACGUCGUCCUGUAAGAACAUAUGUAAAUCGAAAAACCGACAUGAUAUUGGCAGGAGGAAGACAUCCAAUGAAGAUAAAUUACACGAUUGGAUUCAAAUCUAACGGGAAAAUCACAGCCCUACAUCUAGAUGUUUUAAUCAAUGCUGGGAUGUCAAUAGAUGUUAGCCCUAUAAUACCAUGGAAUUUCGUUGGUUCACUCAAGAAAUACAAUUUUGGUGCCUUGUCAUUUGACAUUAAAGUAUGUAAAACCAACCAUUCUAGUAAAUCCGCAAUGCGGGCCCCAGGAGAAGUGCAAGGAUCGUAUAUAGCCGAAGCCAUUAUAGAACACGUAGCGACUCAUCUUUCGUUAGAUGUAGGGUUGGUUAGGGAGAUGAACUUUCAUAAUUAUGAUAGCUUGAAGUUAUUCUAUGGUAAUAGUGCGGGUGACCCUUUAGAGUAUACUUUACCUACCAUAUGGGAUAAGUUAAUGAAAUCUUCAAACUUUGACACUAGAGUUGAAAUGGUAAACAAGUUUAAUAAAAACAAUAUAUGGCGUAAAAAGGGUAUUUCACGGAUUCCCAUUCUGCAGAACGUGUCAUUGAGAGCGACACCUGGUAGAGUGAGUAUAUUACAGGAUGGUUCGGUUGUGGUUGAAGUUGGUGGUAUUGAGUUGGGUCAGGGUCUAUGGACCAAGGUUAAACAAAUGACUGCAUACUGUCUAAGUGCGGUUCAGUGUGACGGAACCGAUGGGCUCUUGGAGAAGGUUCGGGUCAUACAAGCGGACACUUUGAGUAUGGUUCAAGGCGGGUAUACAGCUGGAAGUACAACCUCUGAGGCAAGCUGUGAAGCUGUUAGACUUUGCUGCGAUGUGUUGGUUGAAAGACUUGUGUCAUUGAAGGAAAAAGUGAAAGAACAAAUGGGUUCAGUUAAUUGGGAGUUACUUAUUAUGCAGGCGGGUGUACAAUCGGUGAACUUAUCAGCAAGUUCAUUUUUUGUACCUAAGUUUACAUCUAUGAGUUACAUUAAUUACGGUGCUGCAGUUAGUGAGGUGGAAGUAAAUCUUUUGACUGGAGAAACCAAAAUGUUGCAGACAGACAUCAUAUAUGAUUGUGGACAGAGCUUGAAUCCUGCUGUGGAUUUGGGACAGGUUGAAGGGGCUUUUGUGCAAGGGGUCGGAUUUUUCAUGCUUGAAGAAUAUCUUACAAACUCUGAUGGUUUGGUGGUUGCGGAUAGCACGUGGACAUACAAGAUACCCACAAUUGACACCAUUCCCAAACAACUAAAUGUGCACAUACUUAACAGUGGACAUCACAAAGACCGCGUUCUUUCUUCAAAAGCUUCUGGUGAGCCCCCAUUGCUUCUUGCAGCUUCAGUUCAUUGUGCAACUAGAGCUGCUAUUAAAGAAGCAAGAAACCAACUUGAUUCUUGGAAGGGGUUAAACGGUUCUGAUACGUUUUUCGAGUUAGAUGUUCCUGCUACAAUGCCAGUGGUGAAAACACUAUGUGGACUUGAUAAUGUUGAGGUCUACCUCCAGAGCUUGUCAUCUAGAUCGUAAAUACAAUAUGUUUUGUCGAUACAAGGCUCUUUGUUCAUGUCGUUAAACAUGUAUCGUGUAUUAUUAUCACUAGUAAACAUUGUAAUUACUUGUAAGUAAUUGAAUAAAACCACCAUCUCCAUCAUGUUUCUUAAUGUGAAAAUUGAACCGAGAUCUUCUAUCUCAUUUUAUGUGUU